GCGCUGAAGCUUGAUGGUGCAAAAUCAUCGUUUUUUUCCAUCACGGUUCUUGAUUUUCCCUGGCGGCUGGAACAUUUUUCAAUAUUAUUGUGCUCCGACAACGGGAGGAAAGUAAAAAGCGUUCUUCGUUUCAAAACCAGAUAGUCGAUAGUCGACUGCUUGUGAGUGAUGCUAGUGAAAAUCUACGAGUAACAAUACUAUUGUGUUAUUGUCGUUGAACCAAACAUUCGAAAGGAGAAGGCUUGCAAAUAUGGAAGCAAACUAGAAACAAUAUUGAGUUUUUUCCCGUGAUAGUUGAAGUUGGCCUACUUUUGGUCACUUGAAUUGAUGAUCAGCGUAUGUAAAGUUGGUAAAGAUAGGAAAUAAUUGGAAUAUCGCGUUAAAAGUUGUUUGCCUCAACAUUGUCUUUGUUGUCUGGGAAGGGUGUCAGAAAAACCUGGAGCAGCGGUAAGAAGACAAUUUCGUCGCGCUAGAAAGAAGAUCUACUGACGCAAAACAAAAAAAGUCUAGUGUAUACGCAUCGUCAGUCUAGGAUGGAGUCCUGUGCCGCCGUCGAAAAGGAAGUCGAUAAAGUUAUAACCAAAUUUUCCGCAAUAAAUGACCAUUCGCAGCGUAUUAUUGGCGACGUAAUUGCCUUCAUCGAAAAGCUGCGUUCGUCAAUCGCAGAAGCACCAUCCGACGAGCAGUUAACACCUGGGCAGAUUGAAGUGUUACACGAUGCGAUGGCCAAAGCAAAAGAUAAAUUACAACGGCUAACUACGGAGCAUCGGGAUCUUCACGGUACUGUUAGCAAGGUUGGCAAAGCGAUCGAUCGUAAUUUUGUAGCCGACUUCACUGCCACUUCGCGCACCGAUGUGUUCCAAUUGGAUCAUAACGUUACGCUGCUUAACAAAAUUAUGGCUCAACACUUUUAUCGUCAAGGAAUGGACGAUGUUGCCGACACACUGAUUAAUGAGUCUGGUUUGCCGGCAGAGGAAAUCACACCAGAGCCCUACGCCGAAUUGCACCGGAUAUGGGAAGCUAUUCACAAUCACAAUCUGGUGCCUGCUCUCGAGUGGUCGAGUCGUUUUUCAACCGAGCUCGAUGCUCGGAACAGCACGCUAGAGUUUAAACUUCACCGACUAGCAUUCAUGCAAAUUCUGAACGGCGGAAUCAACGCUCAGACCGAAGCCAUAACCUAUGCUCGCACAAACUUUUCCAAGUUUGUCAAGCGCUUCGAAAAAGAGAUCCAAAUUCUAAUGGGCACGCUGAUAUACCUUCCCAUUGGAAUCCAGAACUCACCGUACAAGUAUUUAACUGCCCCGGAAAUGUGGAUCGAGGCAGCCGAUGUGUUUAUUAAAGAUGCCUCCUCGCUGUUGGGAAUCAACAAGGAUUCACCGCUUUCCGUAGUCUUUAAUGCAGGCUGCACGGCCCUACCAGCGCUGCUUAAUCUCAAGCAGGUGAUGAUGUCCCGUCAAGUAACCGGUAUUUGGAAUGGAAGGGAUGAACUGCCUAUUGAAAUUGAUCUCGACCCGGACAAUCGCUUUCACUCUAUCUUUGCCUGUCCCAUCCUACGACAGCAGAGCUCCGAGGAUAAUCCACCCAUGAAGUUACUGUGCGGUCACGUUAUUUCUCGUGAUGCCCUUAGCAAACUCAGCAACGGGCCAAUACUCAACAAUACUUUCAGAUUGAAGUGUCCCUACUGCCCGAUGGAGCAGUGUCCGUCCGAUGCGAAGCUGAUUUACUUCUAGGCUGAAAAUCACCGCAUGCUUGGUCGCUAAGAGCCAUCAAUCAACCCCACAACCGGAACUGAAUUGAACGGGGAAGGAAGCUCCGAGCUACUAGGCAGAGUUGGCAAUACAGAAACUACCCGUUGGAGUAUAACAUUAGUUGAUAAGCUGUGCCAGGAAACAGCUGCGCCGAAACAGGUGGGAGAGACCAGUCUUCGAACGGUUAUAGGUUCCAGUGUGAUUUUCGUUUGUUAGGACUGAAUCGAUAGUUGAUCAAAUAUUGCAUCCUGCCUGUGAUUUCCCUUUCUAGCAACAUUUAGCAAAAAAUAUUGUGGUUUCACUUGCCUAUCCAAUAAAUCGGACGAAGAGUUUACAACUUUAAUCAGGAAACUUUAUAUGGAAUUAUAAACAUUGAAGAUGCAAUACAAUAAGGCAUAUUGAAGAUAAUUUGGUCUAAGAUGCAAAUUACUACAGCUUGUGAAUCGCAUAUGAUUUUAAACACGUUACUAAUCUAGAGUUGAUAGAUUUUAUAGGUACUCAUUUGAUACAUCGUUUGCUACAAUUGAGAAGAAAAAACAUUGUAUGCCUUGAAUAGAAUAGAUUUUCCCGUAUGUUUCAUUUUUCUUAUUGCUAAAUGUAUGACUAUAAUUUUAAGAUAGGAGCUCAAAUCAUAAAUUUGAUUUCCAUAAUAGGCAACAAUUAUGUUAUGAAUGAGUAUGUACGUUUUGAAAAGCAUGAUAGAAAUGGUGUGGGGCCACGGAAAAUAAAUCACUUGAUUGUGUUGAACAGAGCAAAAAAUUACGAGCAUAUAUUGUAUUCAAUCGCGAAAAAAAAAACAAGUAAACUCUAAAGCAUACGUUUUUACAUAUACAACUAUUAAACAUAAAUCAACAAUCGUGCAAACUAAAUCGCGAAAUUUGAACAUAAGGAAUGGUUCUGAAUCAUUGCCAGAUUACAUGUUUUAAAGAAUGCAAUUGUACAUAUAGCUCCUGAUGAUAUAAUAAAAUUACAAGAGUAAACAAAA